GUGGGACCGGUACAGUUUCGAGGAUUAAAAAUGACACUUUUUCGGAAAAGUAAAAGUAAAGGAGAUUUGCAGCAGGAGUUUCAGACUACCGUCAGGUUUUUAGAUGAUUCUGAGCCAAUCCAAGUGCCAUUUACGAAGGAGACGGUGGGUCAGUAUGUGCUUGACAAGGUGUGCGAGACCCUCAACCUCGUGGAGAAGGACUACUUUGGCCUCCGCUAUGUCGAUACUGAGAAACAGCGGCAUUGGUUGGACCCAACCAAAACAGUCUACAAGCAACUAAAGGGUGUAAGCCCGUGUGUGCUAUGUUUUCGUGUCAAGUUCUACCCAGCUGAGCCUAUGAAGCUGCAUGAAGAAAUCACAAGGUACUAUUUGUUCCUGCAGCUGAGGCGAGACUUGCACCAUGGCCGCCUCCUUUGUUCCCCACAGGAUGCUAACCUCCUCGCAGCAUACAUCAUACAGUCGGAGGUUGGUGACUACGACCCGGAGGAUCACCAGGCUGGUUAUGUGUCGGAGUUUAAGAUGCUGCCGAACCAGAACGUCCAGCAGGAGGAGCAGAUACAUGAGCUCCACAAGACAAUCGCGGGUCAGGUGCCUGCCGAGGCGGAGGCCAAUUUUUUGAAGAAGGCUGCCUCUCUGGAUACCUACGGAGUGGACCCGCACAAAGUUAAGGAUCAGAAGAACAACCAGAUGUACCUGGGUGUGACUCACCAAGGAAUCAUGACCUUCCACGGCAGCCGACGCACACAGAUAUACAAGUGGUCUCAGAUCAAGAAGCUGGCCUUUGAAGGGAAAACAUUCAUCGCACAUGUGAACGUGAAUGAGGAUGCAGAUACAAGCCACAAGAAGAAACAUCAGCCAAUCGGGUACAAGUGUUUGUCUGUGGCAGCGUGCAAGUACUUGUGGCGGUGUGCCGUUGAGCAGCAGUUCUUCUUCACGUUGCAGAACUCGUUCCACACACCGAAAAUUCGGUCGGGCGGCAGUCUGUUUUCCCGGGGCUCAAAGUUCAGGUUCAGUGGACGAUGCCAGAAUGAGGCAUACAUGGCAAGCGAGGAUAUCAAGAGGAAGGAGCCUGAUUUCCAGAGGACGUGUUCACUGCCCAAUUUUUCUCGGAAGUCUGACGCAAAGAUCCACAUGCGCAACUCUGCAAACCUCUCCAUCACAGAGGACAAAAACACCGGUGGUUUCCGAGCGAACACUCUACCGCACAUGACCAGUGCACCGUCUGUCUCUGUUCAACCGAAUAAUUUCGAAAAGCGUAGAAACUCUCGGGGUUCACGGGAAAACGUAAGGCGGGAUUCUGAAGGUCGUAGGAGGUCAAGGGAUCAACUUAACGAGAGGAAAAUGUCUGGUUCCCAUACUGAGUCUGAGACUAAGAGAGAGGAGCCAAUUGCUCCUGUUCGGGCUCCUCUCGCCGAGGUUGAGAUCAUGCAGCAGUCUGUGCCUGUUGAGGUGUACAGACAGGAAAAGACUGACACAAGGCCCGUGUCAAAAGAAACCAGCAUUGAUGAAGUAUUUAUGCCUGUGUCUGUGUCUAUGCCUGAGUCCAAGCCUGGUAGGACGCCAGAGCAAAAUGCUGUAAAGCCUGGAGAGAGGCCUGCUUUCGACCCUUUUAAAGUAAAAAAUCAAGAAACGGAGUUCAAAACACAUGAAGUCCCCAAGGCCUCUGAACCAGGUAAUCAGGAACAACCUGUAACUCAAGUAGCCCACAAAGAUGUGAAACCACAUGUUAGGGAGAUGGGUCAUUACACUACUCGGGAAGUGAGAAAAUAUGUCGAGGUUGAACAGAGACAGACAGUGAUUGGUCCGGAAACAGUGGUCAUUCCUGCUCACACAAAGGCGGCUAAACUGGAAUCUAAAGUUGUGACUCGGCCUGUUGAUGACGUCUCUAAACUGGCAUACAAAGACAUUUCCACACCAGGAGAAAAUGCGGUGGAUGUCCCCAUUGAAGCAAGGACAGCGGAGAGACCCCAAUCUUCGCGGCCUGUGACCCAGGAAACUCCAGUUAUGGAGGAAACCAUGGUUCAACAGCGGGCUGACAGGGUACAGGCUGCGGGGCCAGACUCCAUGAAAAUGAAUGGGGGAAUCCCCACGAUCAGUGUCUCCUCCCCGUUGGACAGCGAGACCCGGGUUGGGGAGGCUGACACAACCCAGCUAUACGAGCCCAACGUAACCGUGGAAGAGGAUGAGGAUGACGAGGGUGUUGCCAAAAGCCUUGAGGAGCAGGUCAUGGACCUUGAGAAAGAGAUCGAACAAACACACAACCAUGUCCAGCCUGACACGCCUAGUAGGGAAACUAAACCUACGACCAGACCUGUCGUACAAGCAAAAGGCAGCUGUUCAUGUGGCAAGAUUUUCGCGUACACAUUCUUCUCCCUGUUCUUCACAUUAACUGUGUCAGCAUGUGUGGUGAUGUUCUCGGACAUUGACCAUCCCCUCAUGAACGAGGCACGGUCACAUCUAGCCUUCCUUGAGCCAACCAGAGAUUUUAUCCGCCAUAAAUAUGAAGAAAUUGUCAACAGAUUGUAAAUAAUAUGGACUUUUUUUUACCCAUCAACCAUUAUAAGAUGAGAAAUGAAGUAAAGAAGAUAAACAUUAUGCUAGUUUGAUGCAUUCAAUCAGGUUGUUUAACAUAUGAGACAAAUACUUGUCUCUGAUGUUUUUAUAUGUGAUCUAUUUUCAAUUGAUGAUUGCUAUUUGCAAUAUAUCACAAGGUUGAUCACUGAGAAAUUUAUUGUAUUUUGGUAAUCAAGUUAUAUCAAUGAAUAACCAGUAAAUCAGAUCAUUAUAAAAUGAUAAGAAUAUUUGAUAUUAUGUAGAAAUUAUCAUGUUUAUCAUAAAACAUGAGAUUGUCCUUAUCUUCAAGAAAAGAUACAGAAUCAGUCAGAAAGUUCUACAAAAAUUAAUGCUUCUGCUGUUCCAUUUCUGUGUUUUGCUGAAAUCUGCAGGAAUUGUAUGUUCUCAGUUGUUGUGGUUGGGUUGGCUCUAGGCCUUUAUUUUAAUCCAAGCAUCAUCUAUAACGGGCAUCAUUUAUAAUGUGCAUCAUUUCUCUGUAUUGGGUAAAACCUUUUUGGGUUGCUUGUUAUUGCUGUGUUCUAUCUAUAUUGUUUAUUUGAAUGAAAUCAUUUAUUGUUGCAGUGGUAUGAUAUUCAGCACAAUUCUCCAACAUAGAAAAUUCAGGCGUUAUCUUCAAGCUGGAAAAAAUAGAAAACUGCAAAAAUAAAUGUUUUCAUAUGAUUGUGUAUCAUACUAUGUACUGUCAUUAUUCAGGUUGCAAUAUUUCAGUGUUAGCAUUUAGUGUAAGGUUAAGUUAUAAUCAUGUAGAUUUUUAGCUAUAAAUUUAGGUUUUUAAAUGCACCAUUAUUUAUAAGUAUGUCCAAAUUUGUGUAUGUAUAUUUUCAUUAAUUCAUGUAAAGAUUAGGUGCAUGUCCAUGUAUAGCUUAAUCUUUUCUCUUGCCCAUUUUUAUAUGAACAAAAGACUUUAACAGAUGUUGUUCAGUGAUGAUAAAGGUACACAUAAGUCCUUGGUUUAAAUGUCAAAUGUAUAUUGAACGUGGACCUCUCCCCACACAAUUUUGUUUUUGCCCACCGCCUAGCCUGACAUCAUUCAUAAUAAUUGAAAUAUAUCUAACCAAUAUAAAUCUUGACUCUAACAUUUCGAAAACCAUCCAAAUUAUUGGUAAACUCUCAUACUGAAACCUGAGGAAUUGUAAGAAGAACAAUUUAGAGAAAUUCAUGACCUGCGAUUUGUAAGUGUUUAUGACUAUUGUAUGUAUGUAUGGUAAGCAGGCCUGGAGUUCUUUGUGGAGAGGAUCCUCUGGUUUUCUGGGGGAAGAUCAACAUGGAUUGGAUCAUUCUUACGUUGUUCCCGGACAAUAUGAAACAUUCCUUUUGUUUAGUCUUUCUGUUAUUCUGUAAUCUAUUGUAUAUUUAUUUUCUUCUUGCAAAUCAGUUCUUGCAUUUAAAGUCUUGUCUGUAGUGACAAACAUGUAUAUUCACAAGAAAUAUUUCAAACCUGCACAUCAUAAAGAAGAGCCUUCAGACUGUAGUGACAUGUUUGCAUGCUGAGUAAACACUACAUUAUCUUCAUCGCAAAUAUACCCCUAGUUUACUCAUACAUAUUACCACAUUGGAGCAUGUUCAUGGCUAAUGGAUACUAACAUGAACAUAAUACAUUGGGGCAUGUGCAUGGCUAUUGGACACAAACAUGAACAUAAUGCCAUAUUGGGGCAUGUUCAUGGCUAAUGGACACUAACAUGAACAUAAUACCAUAUUGGGGCAUGUUCAUGGCUAAUGGACACUAACAUGAACAUAAUACAUUGGGGCAUGUGCAUGGCUAUUGGACACAAACAUGAACAUAAUGCCAUAUUGGGGUUAUGUUCAUGGCUAAUGGAUACUUACAUGUACAAACUACCAUACUGCAGCAACCUAUGUUAAUUGCUUGUUGACAUUAACAUGAACAUACUUCCAUGUUGGUGCUUGUUCAAGGCUAAUGGACACAUACAAUAAUUUACCAUAUUGUUUCAUGUUCAUAGCGUAUUAACACUAAACAUACAUAGUUUGGUUACAUCGUAUAAUGUAGAUUGAGGUGCAUUUGAUAUAUCACUUCAGCCUCUUUCAUAUCACACAAGAUGUGUUUCUAUUUUGUCACAUUGAACAAGAAUUUAACAGUCUUUGUGUGGUGCUUAAGAGACAGUAGUGUGCAGCAAAUACAUUAUUAUAUAAAGUAGCAGAAGAUCAUUAUUGUCAUACUGUGUGGCAAAUUCCUUGAGUAAAUGCUCAUUAACUCACUUAUGUAUCAAGAUACUUGUAUAUUAACUGCUAUGUGAUUUACCCUUAUUUAGAAUCUAUUUUUGCUAUGAUGUUUUUUUGUUUUUGUUUUUAAAAAGUUUCAGUUUUCAGUUUUUGUUUAGUGUGAUUAUUCUUGCUUUUAUUUUACAUUUUACUUUGUUGAUAUUUUGUUAAGAGUUGGAAUGGUUCAUUUUGGGAAGUUUGUUGUCGUCAGUGAUGAAUGCUGAUCUCCCUCAUAAAAUGUGUUCAUUUGGCAUCUUCUGUGCAAAACCUUUUGAUUUAAGUUUGUAUUUUUUUCUAUUUGAAAUGGACUUGAAUUUUUGUGAGCUAAUCUACUUUGUUCAAAUUUUUAUUUGACUUCCCACAAAUUGGAGUAUAAUGAGUUCAGUGUGAGAUAAACAUGAGAGAUGUCUUAAAAUUAUGACUAACAUAUCAUUUGCACUUAUAUGCAAGUCUUAAAACCUAAUGUUUGUUUUCUGUUGUCUUGAUGAGGUGGCAAAUCAGAUUAGAUAUCCAGUUUUGAUAUCAUUUCUAUAAUUCUAUUUAGUAUAUUAUAAAGAUACUGGUAUUGUAUAAAAAUUGAUAAAAUACUGAAAUAUGCACCUUGCUACAUAAAAAUGAAAUGUAGCAAAUAUCAUUAUAUGUAAACUAUUGUUAUUAUAAGUCCCACCUGAUAGGAGUUUAUGUAGAUAUUAUAAAGUCUUGUCUCAUGAAGAAAACCAUUGAUAAUUAUAUGAAUGCUUGUUUUGACUAAAUAUGACGUUACACUGAGAUUUACAUUGGUUUAGGAUAUCACCAUAUAGGACAGAACGCUUACCAUAGUUACAUUCCCUCCGUAACAAGCAGUGAUGCCAAAUACUUCUUUAACAAUCUAUUUUUGUCAAGGUUAAAACUACCAAUUGAAUAAUCAAAACACAAGUUUAAAGCUGUUUAUUUCAAUUAAGUCUUAACUAUUUUGGAAAUAUCUUGGAAAUACAUCAUUUGAAUUAAUACUUGUUCAAACCACAGUGUCAGAAUAAUGAUAAAUGUCUGCAUAUAUAUACAAUAUCUGUCAUAGUAAUAAGUAUGUCUUCAUUCAUAAUAAUCUGUUCCAAAUCAUAUAGAAUUUUAUACAACAUUAAGUUUAUACUUUCAUUUGCUUUUAGUGGUGUGUGUUCUAUCAUGGUUGAGUGAUUAUCACGUAUAUUAUGUUACAGGUAACUAUGGUUUACAUGCUUAUGAUAAGGUCAAUAAAUGCACCCUAACAA